AUGCCUUCUGAACCCGCAACACCCCAGUUUCAAGUAUAUACCGCCACUCACAUUUGCCUUUCCGUAACCUUACACUUUCAACUCGUCGAGUUUCGAGACGCUGCUUUUGUCUGGGUGGGUGCGGGUGGCAAAGAAGUACUCAGCAACCUUGCCGCUGCCAUCCCAGCUCUACACGGGGGACCACCCGCGGCAACGACGGUGUUAUCCAAUGAUGUACAAGAAACCUCUAAGCAAUUAGCACAGAGACUUGCUCGGAAAUUUAAUAAACGGUUCUUUGCGAGCAUUAAUUUGCCUAACGACCAGAAUAUUGUACCGUUAGCGGAAAAGAAGAUUUUUGAGUUUGUCAAAGAACAUCUAUCAUGA